AUGAAUUUUAACAUCACAGUUUCUGAAGAAGAUACUCGCUACAACAUUCCGGUGGUAGGACUUGGUACACCCUAUUUCUAUCUUAUUCAUAUCUUGACCCUUACUUGUUCAGUAUGCAGCAUCACAUCGGUACUUACUAUUCUUGUUAUAUCGUUUCGGUUUAAAACUGCACACACUUUCUUUAAAUCAUGGUCAAAGUGCGAACGUUUUGCCGUUUAUUUGGCUCUUUGUGAUGGUUUCCUUUGCUUAGGACAAUGUAUGGAUCACAUUCAAAUGGUCAUAGCUAAAGACCAUGUUCAUCCGAUUGAGCUGUGUGAAUUCUAUGGUUUCAUAACAUUCCUUUUUUGUGCUGCCCAAAUGUUUCUAGUAUCUAUCAUUGCAAUUAAUGCAUUUGUACUCAUGAAAUUUAGUAAAAAUAUUUUUCUUGGAAAAUAUGAUUGGAAGCUUUACUCGCUAAUGUUUGGAAUUCCGUUUUUUGAAUGCCUUGGUGCAACUUUUGCAGAUGAAAUCGGACCUAUCGGUGCCAUGUGUGGAGUGGCAGGAAAUAUUUCUUUCCUUUUUUUCUCCACGAUACCAGUUCUGAUUGUAAUGACAAUGAACACAGUGCUGUACACACUUACAUGGUGCAAGAUUCGAACUGAGACAAAAAGAAUAAAUAGCACUAUUGGUAACACUUGUCCUGGCAGUAAGGCUACACAGGCUGCUAAAACAAUGUCUCUCUUUGUCUUAUCGUUCCUCAUCCAAUGGUGGGCAGUGGCUAUUUACGGAACCUGGAAAGCUGCUGUCGAGGAUGAUCCCGUGGAAAUCUUUAUUAUUGCCAUGGUUUUUGCUAAUAUGGGAGGUGUGCUGAAUGGAAUCGUUUAUUUGUACAUGCAUAAAAAUAGAAUGAAAAAGUUGUAUCCGACGACGUAA